AUGUUUGGUACCUUAUCAGAAGAGGCAGAAGUAAUGGUGCCGGCGAGCAAAGCUUGGGCUCUCUAUGGUACGCUUGAGCUCGCAAAGCUCGUCACAGGAAAAGUCGUUGAAGCGGUUGAAGUUGUUGAAGGUGACGGUGGGGUUGGUACCAUUCUCAAGCUUACUUUUAACCCUGGGCUAGGUUUCUCUUAUUGUAAAGAGAAGUUCACAAAGGUGGAUAACAUACAUAUGGUCAAAGAAACCGAAGUGAUGGAAGGGGGGUUUCUUGAUAUGGGAUUUAAUCUUUAUAUUAUACGGAUUGAAAUCAAAGAGAAUCCAAAGGAUGGUUCGGGCUCUUCGUGUCUUGUGAAAUUAACACUUGAAUACGACGUUAAGGAAGAGUUUGUGGCUAAUGCUUCUCUGGUCACCAACAGGAAUCUCCUUGGCAUAAUGAAUGUUGCAAAUGAACAUCUUUUGAAAUCAAAUUAGCACCGGUAACAUUUAUUAUCAUACAUGUAUUGUCCUAAUUAAUAAUAAACUCAUACUGUAUUACUUUUCUUUGUUAGCUUUAGUGUGGGGGCACUCAUCUCCUUGGCUUUGAUUUUUGAAAUAGGGGAAGAAUAGCUUGUUAGAAAAAUAUUACCAUCAAUGACUCACUAAUGUUCUUGUGGUACCAUAAAAGACAUGUUUGUAUGUAAACUCUACUUGGAUGUAAGCUAUGAGGUACAUAGAUUGUUCAUGUUAAUAAAACAUAUAGGACUAUUGUUACA